AUGUCUUCUUAUCUGCUUCCGACGUCAAAUGGCAUUGAUUGGGCAACCGGAUGCCCUCCGGCCUAUGAUACGCCAAGUCCAAGACAGGUGUUACGAAUUUGCCUCAAUUUGAAGUAUCUCAUCGACAAGGUGGUGCCUAUAUUAUACGAAGAGAAACUCAUUAUGUGUGACCACUCGCGGAUCUUGAACUCGCAUGUUAUCUCUUUAGCUAGAGAGGCCUGUGGUGGGAAUAAAGAGGACAAGAAAUCCAUUAAAAAGUACCAGUCGUCUCUUAUCUUUUGUCUGCUACAGGUCUGUAGCUGGUACUGGGAAUUAGCCGCCGCUGAACUACAUAAUGCCGAAUUGUACAACUUGAGGGCGUCUGCCGCACAACAAAUGUGCAAGCUGAUCAUAGAGCAGGAAGAAGGCCGCGACGCUCAGUUUUUGUUCAUUCAAAUGCUCUGCCGCCGCUACGUGAUCAACGAGAAUGAUGUUGAUAGCAUUGCUGAGAAUGCUCUGGAGCUUGCCAUGGAUAUGCAUUGCACUACCGUUAUAGGGUCCAGCGGGUACCAGCGGUGUCUUAAAUGGUUGUGGCGUGGAUGGAUCACUCAGAAUAGGUUCGAUAGCAGAUCGUAUGUAGUCUGCGAUUCCAUUUCCUCUUCCAAGUUUAGUAGCCACUUCCAUCCCGAUCGCUUGAAAACUCCAAUGUAUCAAAAUAUCAUACAGAUAUUUUUCUCCUUUGUCUUCAUUGCAUUGUACACCGUGGUGGUCAACAGCAAAGAUUCAACGGAGGUGAAUGGCAUAGACUUUUUUGAAGGAGUAUUCUAUUUCUUCAUAGUGGGGAGCGUCCUCGACGAGGUCGACAAAUGCUACCAUGUUGGGUGGUCAUAUGUGGGAUUUUGGAACGCUUUUAACGAUACAAUGUAUUUUAUCAUUAUGACCUCGAUGGUGUUGCGAAUUGCCAGCGUCAGUCCAAUCAAGACGCAUUACCCAGCAGAAUACUGGGAUAAAAUAUCUUACAGGGUUCUUUCUAGCGCUGCGCCUUUAGUAUGGACCCGUUUGCUGCUCUACUUAGAGUCAAGCCGCUUUGUGGGCGCUUUGCUGGUUGUUUUGAAACAUAUGAUGCAAGAGUCAAUCGUAUUUUUCUUCUUACUAUUGUUGAUUGUUAUUGGAUUCUUGCAAGGAUUUAUUGGUCUGGAUUCCUCUGACGGUAAUAGAGAAAUAACCUGGCCUAUUAUUUCCAAUUUGAUGUUGACAGUUCUUGGGGCCGGAAAAUUCGAAAUGUUUACUGACUUUGCACCACCUUUUGCGGGGAUCCUCUACUACUCUUACUCAUUCGUUGUUACUGUCAUUUUACUCAAUAUUCUGAUUGCUUUGUACAGUACCGCUUAUCAAAAGGUUAUCGACAAUGCAAUCGAUGAAUAUAUGGCAUUAAUGGCUCAGAAGACUUUGAGAUAUAUCAGAGCUCCCGAUGAUAAUGUUUAUGUGCCUCCUCUGAACCUUUUCGAGGUUAUCUUGACGCCAUUUCUGCAACUGGUAUCGCACAAGAAUUCCAAACGCAUAAGCAACUUUGUGAUGACUAUUCUUUACUUUCCUAUGUUGGUUUUUGUUGCUAUCAAAGAAGUCAGGGAGGCCAAACGCGUUAGCUACAAUAGAAUGAAAAAGCUGGAGGAUGAUGCCAAUGAGACAGACGUGGCAUGGGACCUCACUGAUGGGUAUGUUGAUGAAGCAGAUGGAUGGAUUCCAAACAACGAAACGUCAGGCAUGUUGGCCACUCAGAAAAAGAACAAGAACUCACUAAAGCUUCAGAGGGAAGCCGAGAAUUCAGAUCCUUAUUUCAAGGUCAAGGGUCGGUGGUUCAAGAACGUGAAUGAAGCCGUUCAACCAGUAGAGGACGGAUUCAGCACUGGUAUCGGAUGGGAAAACUACGACGUUUACAGUGCAUUAAAAGAUCAAACCGCUAAGUCUGACGAGAAAGUUGAAAAUUUGACUAAGAUGGUUGAAGAACUGACUAAAAUGGUGAAGGACCUCUCUACUUAA